GACCCGAAACUGUGCUCGGCCCCGUUUGAACAUGCCUACUCCUCCCUUCUUCCAAUCCCCCUUUCCACUCCCCCAUCCCAAGACCUCUCCCACUCCUCCCUGUCCCUCUGCCAGCUACAGCCUCUGCCAUGGAGUAGACCCUAAGCGGCUACGCCUCGUCGCGUGCAUGUCCACGCGGGCGCAGACAUAGGCAUGGAACCGCCCGCCGCCGCCUCAGCGGGAGGGGGCGAACUCGCGGAGGCUGUCGCGGAGCCGGUUCUUGGGGCCACAGGUGAGGCGCAAGAGCCCGGGCCCGAGGGCGCGGGGAGCGCUGCCAGCCGAGGCGGCCGCGCGGGGCGGGAGGCGCCGCUGCGGCUGCAGCUGGGGAGGGCGAGGCGGCGGGCCGGGCCCGGCACGCCGGCGCCGUCGUGGAAGAUGGUGGACGAGGAGCCGGAGGGGGAGGGCGAGGGGGCGGUGGCUGCGGGCGCGAGGAGGAGCUCGGCUUCCGCGUCCGCGUCGGCGCGGCAGCUGGGCGCCAGCCUGUGGGAGAUCCACGACGUGGCGCGGGAGGGGCGCCGGAGGCGACGGGGCGGGAGGGGCCUCGCCGACGACGGUCGGGAGGAUGGCGGCGGCGUCAAAGGAGUGGAUCAGCCACAGAGUUCAGGUGGCUUUGGCAGGCAUCUCACAGAUUCAUCAAUGAAACAUCAUAAAUUGCAUCAAGAAAGGAGUCACAGAAUACAGCCUCUCUCUCCUGCAAGUUAUACCAGCUCAGUUGGGGAUUCCACUGUAAAUCGGACUAUUACUCCAACUCGUUCUUUGGAUAUCAAGGGUAGAUCUAGGGGGACAGGUCGUAGCCUCAAAACAUCAACAGAACUAUUGAAGGUUUUAAAUCGAAUUUGGAGCCUGGAAGAACAGCACACUGCCAAUUUCUCUGUGGUUAAUGGAUUGAAAUUGGAGUUACAGCAGGCACAUGCACAUAUUCAUGAACUUAUGCAAGAGAGACGGCAGUACCGUCAUGAAGUUUCAUCACUAUUGAGGCAACUCUCUGAGAACAAACUUGUUAGGAAAAGCAAGGAGCACGGGAAGAUGGAAGAAGCUGUCCAUUCCAUCCAAGGUGAACUACAGGAUGAGAGAUGUCUGAGGAGACAUUCUGAGGACCUCCAGAAGAAGUUAGGCAAGGAUUUAUCUGAGAUAAAAUCGGCGUUUCUAAAGGCAGUCAAGGAUCUUGAGGAGGAAAAGAAAGCAAACCGCCUCUUAGAAGACCUUUGUGAUCAGUUUGCAAUGGGCAUCAGGGACUAUGAGGAGGAAGUCAGGGUGGUAAAGCAAAGAAAUGUACAGAAUUAUGAACCCAACUUUGAUAAAUCAGUGCUCCAUAUUUCAGAAGCAUGGCUUGAUGAGCGAAUGCAAAUGCAAAAUAUAGAUGUCAAGGAAGACUUGGCUCAUAAAACCACAAUAACGGAGAGGCUCAGCAGUGAAAUACAGGCUUUUCUUCUUUCUAAAAGAUCAGGUAGCUCUAAGAAUAAUGAAAAAUACAUGAAUGAUGGUACUAGCUUGCGUCGGCAAUCCCUGGAGUCCGUCCAUUUGAAUGGAGCCACCAGUGCUCCUCAGCUUGCUGAAGACGACGACGACGAUUCUGUUGCUAGUGAUUUGCAUUGCUUUGAACUAGACAUGAAUGGAAAUGGCAUCCAGAACCAUAACUACAUGGGACCUCGCAGAAGUGGCGCAGCCGGCAUGGAUGUACCAAAGAGAAGAUCAGUGCAUCCCCAUGGUAUAGCUGUUGAAGGUUCACGCAUCUCUCGUGUACCAUUUUAUUUACAUAAAGACACCACAAGGUCCAAUAGCAGCAAAAUGCAGCAUGCCACUAAAAUACCAGAAAUCAACUCACAUGGCAAUGCUGGAGUUAUUCCAGCAGAAGAGCAGAAUGGAACCACAAGCACCUACAUUUCUCGAGGAUCUCAGAAUAACUCAUCGAAGAACAACCUGGAGGCUUCGCAUGUUGAUUGUCUGGGGCAGGAAUCCCUGGAUCAUUACUCCCGAACAAGUCUAUUUUGUGAAGGCACUACUUCAGGGGACUUGGGUAAUCUCGGCAGUCCAACACGGCAACUGAACUUCCAAUCCACAUCAUUGGACCCUGAGAUAUCGAAAUGCUCACCUGAACAGCCAGUAGGUGUGAUGGGGAACACAUUGAAGGCAAAAUUACUUCAAGCAAGGCUAGAGGGGCGUCAUGCCCGAUUGAAGGCUUCAGGAGGUUCCUUAACCACCAGGAGGAAAUGAGAGUGCUGCAGAGUGCGGACCGUAGCAAAUUCUGGGAUAUGAUGCCCACACGAGAAAUCAAGGGUGUAAUAUGUGAAUGAUUUCCAACCUUUUGCCGUGUCAAUUGAUUCAGUAUCCUUGUACAUCGCAAGCUGUUCGGUUAUGUGAAUCCUAGCUGCAUAUGUAAAUCAACUCCCUUGUAAAUUAGACUGUUAGUUAGAUGGCCGGCACGCUUUAGGCUAGUAACUCGGUACUUUGAGAAGGGACAUUGGUUAUGGCAUUUCUCUCUUGUUAUCCUCCUGA